AUGGAAGCACUCAAAGCACGAUUCCCCGACUUACCCUUCUGCCCCCUUCGGAAACCAACUAGGUUAAAUCCCGCCACAAUUCACUUACCUAUUGGCCACGUCAAAGCGGAAGGGCGGCGCCCCCUCACCGUGGAGUCUGUCUUCGCCAGGGACGUGGAAGUACUAAUGCGUGACGGCAUCAACAUCUACUCUGAUGCGUUUCGGUCCGCGAGCUCAAGCGACCCGGGUGGCCAGGUCCCUGUGAUUAUAGCAUCGAGCCCUUAUGGAACAGAUAGUAGUAUACUUUUCAUCUCACACAUUCAUGCGGAUUACAAACAGCUGAUUGAUACAGCGGGCCACUCAUACGAUUACCUGGGACCGUUCCGCUGUGGUCUCAAGCAAGGUCAAACUUCCGGAUACGAAAGCUUCGAGGCUCCUGUUCCAGCCGAUUGGUGUGCUAGAGGCUAUGUCGUCAUCAACCCUGACUCUCGUGGAUCAUUUGAGACUUUCGCCAAGGCAAAGUCCACUCAGAAGUGGCUUCGGGUUCAUCAUAUGCAAGAAUGGCACGACGUGUAUCGCAAGAAUAACGACGAGCUCCAGAAGCUUUUCGACAGGCUUCGACUGUCCCUUCUUGGCUUCGAUGGCAGUCCGGCAAAGACUAUCGUGGAGCGCGUGGAGGUCGCUUUUCCGGUCCCGGGAACCGAGUAUCGCACAUCCUUCCUCGAUGCUACGACUUUGACGUUGUCACUCGAGAAGUCGGCAGCUGAAUCAAACACAAGUUAUGAAGCGCAUCAUCCGACUCACUACACAGACUUCAGCGUUCGUUUUCACGAGUAUAUAGAGGAUUCUGGAUAUCCUGUAGUCAAGUUAUAG